AUGGGUGGACAAUUAUCGGAAUCUGAUCAGACCAAGCAGUUCGAGUUUCUCAGAACAUACAAUGAACUUACAGAAAACUGCUUCCUGGAUUGCAUAAAGGAUUUCACUAGCAGAGAGGUUAAACCAGAAGAGAUUACUUGCUCAGACCACUGCCUACAGGAGUAUUUUAAAAUGGUACAAAGGAUCUCCAUGAGAUUUCAGGAGUACCAUAUUCAGCAGAAUGAAGCUCUGGCAGCUAAAGCAGGACUGCUUGGCCAACCUUGUUAG